UAUGAUUUGUUAUCUUACUCCCGACACGGAGGCACCCUAACCCCGCACAGCCACCACCCACCAGCCGCUACAGCGCUCGUCCUCGCUCUUUUUUUUUCAAACACGCAACAACGCACGUAUUCAAACUUAAGCUCAGCCCAAUCGAUGACGGUCAGGACGGUGGUUUAUUUGUGUCCUGACUUGACUCCGUGAACGAGCCUGAACUUUCCCGAUCCGGAUCCCUGUGCGGCAGCGGCGCCGGGGUCCGUGCGGCGGAUUCCUCCGGGCUUAACCGGGGCCACAGCGGCUGGUGUCACACAACAAGUGGCCGCGGGGGCGAGAGGGAGAGCCUGCAGAGGAGCAGUGACACAGCCGAACGGUGGAGAUGAAUUCAACGAUAAACCAGCCGUGAUCCACUCGGUGGGAAGCUGCGGAGUAACGACGCAGCGCAGGGAACAAACGCCAAAAGUGGGUUUUUGGGGAUCGGGACACGUUAACGACGACGUCCAAACUUUUCUCUCCGCGCAGAAACCUGAGUUACAAAUAAUAACAUCAUGUGCGAGGUGUCCGUGGAGCAGGAGCGGGAGAUCUCGGACCUGGAGCAGCAGGACGGCUCCUCGAUCACGGGGAACGGGGUCAUCCUGGUGGUCAACCACAGCCGGAUCCGGCCUCCGUUCAGCGUGGUGCUGGCCACCCUCCUCUACUGCGCCGAGUUCAUCUCGGCCGCCUGGCUGUGCAGCGUGUACCGCAAGUCCCACGACGUGGCCUGGAUGAGCUUCACCAUCGUGUUCAUGCUGCUGCCCGCCGUGCUCAUCCAGCUCACCCUCACCUUCAUCCACAGGGACCUGGGUCGGGACCGGCCCCUGGUGCUCUUCCUGCACCUGCUGCUGCUCGGCCCGGUCAUCAGGUGUUUCGAGGCUCUCCUGGUCUACUUCAAGGCGGGUAAGCACGAGGAGCCCUACGUCACCAUCUCCAGGAAGAUCAGCCUGAAGAAGGGCCAGAGGAUGCCCAUCGAGUGGGAGAUUGGCCAGUCGGAGCGCAACCUGGCCGCUCACCGGAACGCCUUCAAACGCACCGCCGUCAUCCAGGCCUUCCUGGGCUCCACGCCUCAGCUGACCCUGCAGCUGUACGCCAGCAUCCAGGAGAAAUACUUCCUCCCCACGAGACUGGCCCUGAUGAUCAUCACCCUCAUCUCCAUCACGUACGGGGCCCUCGUCUGCAGCGUGCUGGCCAUCCAGAUCCGCUACGACGACUACAAGGUGCGGCUGCGUCCCCUGGCCUACCUGUGCAUGAUCGUGUGGAGAGGCCUGGAGAUCGCCGUGCGGAUCACCGCCCUGGUUCUCUUCAGCUCGGCGCUCACGCACUGGGUGAUCCUCGUGGUCGGGGCCAACCUGCUGUUCUUCUUCUUCCUGCCCUGGGGGGAGUUCUGGGCCAAGAAGGGCUCGCUGACCGAGGAUGUGGAGAAGAACUUCUCUAAGCUGGGCACCACCGUGGUGCUGUGCAUGUUCACGUUGCUCUACGCCUGCAUCAACAUCUUCUGCUGGUCGGCGGUGCAGCUGGACCUCUCCCAUCGAGAGCUCAUCGAGAGGAAGCAGCACUGGGAGCGGCUGGCCAUGUACUACUUCGGACGCUUUCUCGAGAACUUCCUCCUCGUGGCGCUCUGGUACUUCUUCAAGUCGGACUUCUACGAGUACGUGUGCGCCCCGCUGCUGUGUGUCCAGCUGCUGGUCUGCUACAGCAUGGCCGUGCUCUUCAUGCUGAUCUUCUAUCAGUUCUGCCACCCCUGCAGGCGCCUCUUCAAGCACAACAUCCACGACGGGCUGCACUGGGUCUGCUGCCGUUCGGGGAGUGGCAGGGAGACGGGGACGGGGAGGAUGCCGUCCUCUUACUCCACCGCUGCCACCAUGGUGCUGGUGUCGGAGGGGCCGCUGGAGCACCUGGUCGGGCAGCGGGAUGCUGGGAUUGUUGACGACAUGACGGAAGCAGCCUGAGAGGGGCUUUCUGCUAAAUCACAUGUACGGAACUCAACCUCUCUAAUGUAGAACUGCAUCCUGGGAAUAGCACGGCAUGACGGCGGCGCUGCGGGGUCUAUACCCCCGAACAAGACCUCGAGUAGUCUCCCACAAAAACCAGAAUGAGUUUGUGUCUUUGUGUAAAUGAGUUGUCAGAGAACAAACUUUUGCCUUUUUUAUUCUUUUAAGUGCAAAAACAAAAACUUCCCCCAGUCACGCAUGGUUCUCUGUGCGGGAUUGAGGUCGAUGCCUGAUGUCUUUAUUAAGAAUGAUUACAUUCACCUUAGGGCCCCACGAAGGCCCCGGUUUACCAAAGAAUGUAAUGUGUUGAGGUAAGCAGCAAUGCACAAAGGCUGCCUUGAGAGAGCAGCAGCGUGUCAGGUCCAGGCCCGAGCCAGGUGUGUAGGGAAACGUGCCAAGUGUGAUCCAAGUGCCCGAAGAGACGGACGGUCACGAGCCCCACUUUGCCUCCCGUCUCCUCCUCGCACACGGCUGCAUGUGCACUACAAACAAAAAGCCGGAAAGGCAGGGAAAGGUCACAACAAUCCUUUUCUUCCUCAUGCCCGACAACUGCAUAAACCUGCUGCGAUGAAUGCCUUGUGUUGUUCAUUGUCCGGUCUGGUUUUAAGGUUUUAUUGAGAAAAAAAAAAAAAUGACGGGUCAUUGUAAAAAUAUUCUGUCUAAAGGGAAUAUGAAAGUUACAUUAGGUGAGGCCUUAAGAAGAGUGACACUGAAUGAGCUGCUUCUUCUCUACUGAAGCGAUUUCACUUUUUUGCUGAAUUUGUACGUUUUGUCACAUGUUCGUUCGUGAUUUGACUACUCCUGUGUUACUUGAAACUAAAAUAAAAUGAAAUGUCUAAAAGCCUUA